AUGGACCCAAAACUGAUGCGCAGGGCCACCAGUGCACGGCAAGACGCUACUGGAAUGGACAUUACUAGCCGGUGUACUCUGGGGGACCCUAAUAAACUGCCCGAAGGGGUCCCCCAGCCUGCACGCAUGCCAUAUGUGUCAGACAAACACCCGCGGCAGACCCUGGAAGUGAUAAACCUUUUAAGGAAGCACCGCGAGCUCUGUGAUGUGGUACUUGUGGUGGGUGCCAAGAAAAUUUAUGCCCAUCGUGUCAUCCUUUCGGCCUGCAGCCCCUAUUUCAGAGCGAUGUUUACUGGGGAGCUUGCUGAAAGUAGGCAGACAGAAGUAGUUAUCCGAGACAUUGAUGAGAGAGCAAUGGAACUUUUGAUCGACUUCGCCUACACAUCACAGGUGACAGUGGAGGAGGGGAACGUUCAGACACUGCUUCCCGCGGCCUGUCUUCUCCAGCUAGCUGAGAUCCAGGAGGCUUGCUGCGAGUUUCUCAAGAGGCAGCUGGAUCCUUCCAACUGUCUUGGUAUCAGAGCAUUUGCUGACACUCACUCGUGCCGCGAGCUGCUACGCAUUGCCGACAAGUUCACUCAACACAAUUUUCAAGAGGUAAUGGAAAGUGAGGAGUUCAUGCUGCUACCUGCCAAUCAGUUGAUUGAUAUAAUUUCCAGUGAUGAACUUAAUGUGCGAAGUGAGGAGCAAGUUUUUAAUGCUGUGAUGGCCUGGGUAAAAUAUAGCAUUCAGGAACGCAGACCACAACUACCCCAGGUGCUGCAACAUGUCAGACUCCCGCUCCUAAGCCCAAAGUUCCUGGUAGGCACUGUUGGGUCAGACCCUCUCAUCAAGAGUGAUGAGGAGUGCAGAGACCUAGUUGAUGAGGCAAAGAAUUAUCUGCUGCUGCCACAAGAGAGGCCACUAAUGCAGGGCCCAAGAACUCGCCCAAGAAAACCCAUACGGUGUGGAGAAGUCCUUUUUGCAGUUGGGGGUUGGUGCAGUGGGGAUGCCAUAUCCAGUGUGGAACGAUACGAUCCUCAAACUAAUGAGUGGCGGAUGGUGGCAUCCAUGAGUAAACGGCGCUGUGGAGUUGGUGUCAGUGUCCUGGAUGACUUGCUGUAUGCUGUAGGAGGUCAUGAUGGCUCCUCUUACCUCAACUCAGUAGAAAGAUAUGAUCCAAAGACCAACCAGUGGAGCAGUGAUGUGGCCCCAACUAGCACCUGUCGGACCAGUGUUGGCGUGGCUGUUCUUGGCGGUUAUUUGUAUGCUGUGGGAGGACAGGAUGGUGUUUCCUGUCUUAACAUUGUCGAAAGGUAUGAUCCUAAAGAGAACAAAUGGACUCGUGUAGCUUCCAUGAGCACCAGGAGACUGGGUGUUGCUGUAGCUGUGCUAGGAGGAUUUCUUUAUGCAGUAGGGGGGUCUGAUGGGACAUCUCCAUUAAAUACAGUGGAGCGUUACAAUCCUCAGGAGAACCGAUGGCACACAGUAUCUCCAAUGGGUACCCGACGAAAGCACCUUGGCUGUGCAGUCUACCAAGACAUGAUUUAUUCGGUUGGAGGUCGGGAUGACACAACAGAGCUGAGCAGUGCGGAGCGUUACAAUCCUAGGACCAACCAAUGGUCUCCCGUAGUUGCUAUGACGUCCAGGCGGAGCGGGGUGGGCCUAGCUGUGGUCAAUGGUCAACUGAUGGCAGUAGGAGGAUUUGAUGGGACCACUUAUUUGAAAACUAUAGAAGUUUAUGACCCUGAUGCCAACACAUGGCGGUUGUAUGGCGGGAUGAAUUACCGACGACUAGGUGGUGGAGUGGGCGUGAUUAAAAUGACUCACUGUGAAUCGCACAUAUGGUAA